GUAAAAGUUGCCGGUGUACGACGCACCGAUGGAUCCAUCAGCUCAUAUAAAACAGGGUCCAAUACCCUACGAUCCAUAGCAUCAAUAAGAUACGCUCAAAAUAAUGAAGGAGAGAACAACUGA